GGUUUCAGCUCCUUCACCUCUUUCCUUGGGGCAGAGGAGGAGGAGGAGGAGGUAAAUAGAGAGAUUUAGCUGCGUUUAAUGACUAAAAAAAAAGGACGUGUUGCAGUUUAGGGUCGUAUUCUUUCUUUUAGAACUUUCGUAGCAGAUAUUUCGUUGUUUAGUUUAGCCCUUAGCCCGAGCUGUAGGUUAUUCGGAGCUGAGUUCACAGCCACAUCGCCUGGGCUGAGUGCGUAGCGGCUCGCACACACAAAGCUGCAGUUCUUCCUAGAAAAUUCAAGGAGCCGUCAGAGUCGUCCUCACCCUGUGUUGCCAUGGCGAUGCGGGAGCUGGUAGAGGCGGAAUGCGGGGGGGCCAAUCCUCUCAUGAAAUUAACCAGUCACAUGACCCAAGAAGGCGGAGCUUGGAGACACAGGUCAACGCCCACUAUCCCGCCCACGCCGAUUGAAAUAGCCACCGAGGAAGAGCUGGUGAAUGAGUUUCUACAGGUGCCCCCGCGCCCUCCUCACAGUUUCGAUAUGGGUCAGCUUUUGGAGGAAAUGCAGCAAAUUGACCAGCAGACCUACAGACAGGCCCCACAAAGAGCUCCAGACGUAGCUGCAUUGGCAUUAUCCGGUGACUGGGCAGCAGAGUUCCUGUCUGGCGCUGACUCUACUGUCUCUCCAGCCCAGGCAGGUUUUGAUGCAGCAGACGCUGACUGGACCAGAGAAUUCAUUAACGAAGUGGCAGACCCUGGGCGAUGGGCUGAAGAGUAUCUGGAGCAGUCCGAGGAGAAGCUGUGGUUGGGAGAUCUGGGAGAGAAGGAGCAAGAGAGAGAAUGGACAAAAGAGUACCAGCCAGAGGAGGAUCUGAAGCAAACGGCUAAUGAACUUCUUGCAAAGGUUGAUGACCCCAAGCUGCAAAACACACAGUUCCUGCGGUUUGUUAGGCAGAUUGGCGAGGGCAGUGUGACUGUGGAGGACAGAGCAGGAAAGCAGCUCGCUGAUAAAGCACAGGCCAGGGAGGCACAGAACUGGGCGUCGAGCUUCACGCAGUUCCUGAAGGAAUCGGGGGGAGGGAGUGUACAAGUGGAAACUCGAGAGUGCAGAGAGAAGAAUGACCAAGCUAAAGCUAAACAGGCAGAACAGUGGGCUAAUACCGUCAGUCAGGUGUCGGAAGAGUCUGCCGAGUCCUGGGUAGACGAGUUCACCACAGCGGGUCCUGAUUUUCAGCAGGCUAAAGCUGCCGUGGAGAGUGAUAUCGAUUUCUGGGAGAAGCUGCAGGAGGAGUGGGAGGAAAUGGCUAAGAGAGACGCCGAGGCUCAUCCCUGGCUGUCUGACUUUGACCAGAUGCUCAGCACCUCGUAUGACAAGGGCUAUCAGUUUGAGGAAGAGAAUCCGUAUUUGUCCCAUGAAAACCCAUUAGCGGAAGGCGUGAAGAGGAUGGAAGCUGGGGACAUCCCCGGAGCCGUGCGCCUGUUCGAGAGCGCGGUGCAGAGAGAACCAGACAACCAGCUGGCCUGGCAGUAUCUGGGAACAUGCCAAGCAGAGAAUGAGCAAGAGUUUGCAGCCAUCAGUGCCCUCUGCAGGUGUAUUGAGCUGAAGAAAGAUAAUUUGACAGCUCUCAUGGCUCUAGCGGUCAGUUUCACCAAUGAAUCGCUUCACCGGCAGGCCUGUGAGACACUUCGUGACUGGCUGAGACACAAUCCAAAGUACCGGCAUAUUCUUGAGCAGAGGGACAGGGAGAAGGAGCGAGAAGGAGUUCGAGAGCGAGAGAAGGAGAGAGAAAGAUUUGGGUCACUGCUGCCAGAGGCUCUGUUUAACGAGGUGCAGUCGUUGUUCCUGAGUGCCGCAGCUGCUGAUCCCACGCGGGUCGACCCUCAGCUACAGUGUGGCCUCGGAGUGCUCUUCAACUUGAGUGGAGAAUAUGACAAGGCUGUGGACUGUUUUACUGCUGCCUUGUCUGUUACUCCACAGGAUUAUUUGUUGUGGAAUAAGUUAGGAGCGACUCUAGCUAACGGAAAUCGCUCCGAGGAGGCUGUUGCUGCCUACAGAAGAGCACUUGAGCUGCAGCCGGGGUUCGUGCGCAGCCGUUACAAUCUGGGCAUUAGCUGUGUUAAUCUGGGAGCUCACAGGGAAGCGGUGGAGCAUUUCCUGGAGGCGCUCUCUCUCCAGAGGCAGGCUGCUGGUGAUGUAGAAGGAGGCGCAAGUCGAGCACCAGGCUCCGCCACUACCAUAAUGUCAGACAACAUCUGGUCUACCUUGCGCAUGGCACUGAGCAUGAUGGGAGAGAGUUCGUUGUACGCCGCCGCAGACCGGCGAGAUCUGGACACGCUGCUGGCGCACUUCUGCCAGCGGGACGGAGAGACAGACUGAAAGAGGGAGAGGGGAAAGGACUGGAGGGAGGUAGUAUGCGAGUGUGGGGAGAGGUGCUUAGGUAGCAUGGAAGAUUAGUUUAAGAAAGGAAUCAAACGGGCGCGAAACACUCAACACAUGCACUACAUGCUCUGAAUGGACAGAUACACUAGUGAUGUUCUUAAUGUUUUGGUGUAAAAAUUCUACAUCAUUAAGUUAUUCAGAGCUCCACAGAACUGAAUUCAAGGUUUAUCGGAGUCCAUGUUUCUUCUCAUUGUGUUGAUCACCGAUAUGGUAUAUUUUGGCUACAACUUGAGAAUAAUUAUUUCAUCCAAAAAGAGCUUUGCCUCCUGUUUCAAGUACUGAUCAUGUGUAUAUGAGUUUGGGAGGAGCAGAGACGAAAGAGAUUAGUCUGUGUGUGAUCUUUUAUGAAGCACUAAAACCCACGGUUUGUAAGUCAGUGUUGAGAUGGUAGUCAUUGUCCGCAAGAAAAUAAUGAAAAAAGGAUGAGAAACCUGAGGAUGCAUGCCUGCCCUUUCUCCUUCACUCCUUAUCUAAUUUGAUAAAUAAUCCUGCUGUAAAUUAAUUAGCUUAAUUGUAAAUGCUGCCAUCUUGUGUACCAUAAUUGUAUUAUUAUUAUUAUUGAUGAUGCCAGUUUUGAAUAUAGCCAACUGACCGUACGAUUAUAUCUGUAACCCAAGCAAUAAAAUUUUGAAAUAAUGA